UCACCAAGUAAGUGACUGUCAGCCAUCGAUAAAAUCUGAUCCAACGGCGAACAGAAAUUUCAGUGCAAAGAUUCUUACAACAACGGUGAUGGUAUAAAACCUUGCCAACGCCUUCUCCGAUUUCAUCUCAUCUUCUUCAUUACGCUCUCAAUUUCUCACGUUUUCUUACAAAACAGCGAGUAAGCUGCAAAAAACUAGUGUUCUAAAUGGCCGGAGGAAGGAAAGGAGGAGGACCAAGGAAGAAGUCAGUGACCAGAUCCGUCAGAGCUGGUCUUCAAUUCCCCGUCGGAAGAAUCGGUCGUUUCUUGAAGAAAGGUAGAUACGCUCAGCGUGUUGGUACUGGUGCUCCAGUUUACUUGGCUGCAGUUCUCGAAUAUCUUGCUGCUGAGGUUCUUGAGUUGGCUGGGAAUGCUGCCCGUGACAACAAGAAGAAUAGAAUCAGUCCAAGACAUUUGUUGUUGGCAGUAAGGAAUGAUGAAGAGCUUGGAAAAUUGCUGGCUGGUGUUACCAUUGCUCAUGGUGGUGUUCUACCUAACAUCAACCCAGUGCUUUUGCCUAAGAGGACUGAAAGUGCUGCAACUGCUCCCAAGUCACCUUCCAAGGCAAGGAAAUCUCCCAAGAAGGCUUAAAUUAGUUUUCGGAUUUGUGUGUAUAACUGGGCUCUAGGUCUUUCUUAUGUAACAGAAUGAUUUAUUGCUUUUGAAAAAAUGUAAUUUGAUUUCACUUUCCCUGAUUAAGUAUUAAUAUGAAAUAUUCAGUUGAAACAACUUGCUUCAACUGUCUUGCUUUUCCUA